GGGAAAGGGUGUAUAUAAGAAGGAGCAUAGAAGCAAGGGGCAACACAACAGUUCCUCCUUGUACACCAUGAAGUUUCUGGUUGUUCUUUGCUUAGUCGGCUUGGCUACGUCUGCCAGACUCCCUGGGUACAAUUACCCAACUCCAGAUGGUGGAACGUUUGGUCACGGAAGCCCUGGACAUACGUCAGGAAUAACUGUCAGCCAUGACGAUUCUUCGGGAACAUUUGGACAAGGAAUUUCUACAGGCACCGUCGUUAGUCAUGGAUCUACGUCAGGUGUGACUCUCGGCCAGGGAGUGACCACAGGAACCACCGUCAGCCAUGGAACUUCUUCGGGAACAUUUGCUCACGGGACGACUUCAGGAACCACAGUGAGCCACGGGACCUCAUCCCUUGGAUCUACAUCAGUAACCAUUGGUAAUAUAGGGGGCGUAUCGGGAACGGUUGGCCUGUCGCCUUGCGUGGGUGACCAGGUGCGACACGUGGAUGGCCGGUGUGUGACGCCUCGCGUGAACCGCCGUGUCUUUCUCUACGACGUUCCUGCCAACGUCCACACAACUGGACCCAUUAACAUCCCCGAACCGCGAGUCGAAACCAACAUUCUCUUAAUUCGCACACCUGAAGGAGGUCUUGGCGAUCAGCCCAUCGUACUUCCUCCGCCCAGACAGAACAACGUGGUUUACAUCCUUAACAAGCAAAGCACUUUUGGCCCAGGGGUGAUCGAGGUGCCUUCCGCUCCGCUCGAAGAGCCCGAGGUUUACUUUGUCAACUACGCGGAAGGCGAGAACCCCAUCCUUCCAAAUGGACAGGACCUCCAAUCGGCUCUUCUGACGGCAAGUCAGGCUUCCGGACAAACCAUUGGAUCAGUAGGCCAUACUGGCUCUAUCAGCGGACAAGUCUUCGAUGACCAUUCCAGUGCUGUCGGAAUAAGUCAUACCAUUUCAAGUGGAGGGCUUUCCACCAGUGAUGGAGGCCAGAUUAUUGGCUCAGUAGGCCAAACCAGCAGUGUAGGAGGCCAGACCUUUGGCUCUCUAAGCCAAACUAGUAGUGUCGGAGGCCAGACCUUUGGCUCUGUAGGCCAGACUAGUGGUGUCGGAGGCCAAACCUUUGGCUCAGUAGGCCAAACCAGCAUUGUCGGAGGCCAGACUUUUGGCUCUGUAGGCCAGACUAGUAGUGUCGGAGGCCAGACAUUUGGCUCAGUAGGCCAGACCAGCACUGUCGGAGGUGGAGUUCACGGAACAGUUAUUCAAACCACAAGCGGUGGAGGUUCAACUUUGCAAGAUGCUCCUCUCACCAGCCUCUACUCACUUCCUUAAGCCUUGUUGGCUGGCCGAUGUUUCUGCUAAUUUCUGUUGUAUUGAUAUAUCAGCUUCUAUAAUUUUCUAAUUAUAACGUGCAAUCGUGAAAUUUACAAGAAUUGACCAAUUAAUAUCUAUCGCGAUUGUGUAACAUUUCUUUGUAAUCAUUGUUCUUCUAUUAAAAGUGUUGCCAAUA